ACGGCGCAGUGCGCAGGCGCGAGCGGUCGGGCCCCUGGUGCGCGCGGCGCUGGGUUGUAGCGGGAGUUCGUUCCUGUCAGAGGAGACCCGGCAGCGGGCGACCAGGCGGCUGAACCUCUUGCCUCACUGCCAUGGCAGCCCUUCGCUACGCGGGCCUGGACGACACGGACAGUGAGGACGAGCUGCCCCCAGGCUGGGAGGAGAGAACCACCAAGGACGGCUGGGUUUACUAUGCCAACCAUGCUGAGGAGAAGACUCAAUGGGAACAUCCGAAAACAGGAAAAAGAAAGCGAGUGGCAGGAGAUUUGCCCUACGGAUGGGAACAAGAGACCGAUGAGAACGGACAAGUGUUUUUUGUUGAUCAUAUAAAUAAAAGAACUACCUACCUGGAUCCAAGGCUGGCGUUCACUGUGGAUGACAAUCCGACCAAGCCGCCCACCCGGCAGAGAUAUGAUGGCAGCACCACGGCCAUGGAGAUCCUCCAGGGCCGGGAUUUCACCGGCAAGGUGGUCGUGGUCACCGGUGCCAACUCGGGAAUAGGGUUUGAAACUGCCAAGUCGUUUGCCCUCCACGGUGCCCACGUAAUCCUGGCCUGCAGGAAUAUGGCGAGGGCCAGUGAAGCCGUGUCUCGCAUUUUAGAAGAAUGGCAUAAAGCCAAGGUAGAAGCAAUGACCCUGGACCUCGCUCUGCUCCGUAGCGUGCAGCAUUUUGCUGAAGCGUUCAAGGCCAAGAAUGUGUCACUUCACGUGCUUGUGUGCAAUGCAGCGGCUUUUGCUCUGCCCUGGAGCCUGACGAAGGAUGGCCUGGAGACCACCUUUCAGGUGAAUCACCUGGGCCACUUCUACCUGGUCCAGCUCCUCCAGGGUGUUUUGUGCCGCUCGGCCCCUGCCCGUGUCAUUGUGGUCUCCUCUGAGUCCCAUAGAUUUACGGAUAUUAAUGACUCCUCGGGGAAACUGGACUUCAGCCGCCUUUCUCCGUCCCGAAACGACUACUGGGCCAUGCUGGCUUACAACCGGUCCAAACUCUGCAACAUCCUCUUCUCCAACGAGUUGCACCGCCGCCUGUCCCCGCGCGGGGUCACAUCCAACGCCGUGCACCCCGGGAAUAUGAUGUACUCCUCCAUUCAUCGCAACUGGUGGGUGUACACGCUGCUGUUUACCUUGGCCAGGCCUUUCACCAAGUCCAUGCAACAAGGAGCAGCCACCACCGUCUACUGCGCUGCUGCCCCGGAACUCGAGGGUCUGGGGGGCAUGUAUUUCAACAACUGCUGCCGCUGCCUGCCCUCGCCGGAGGCUCAGAGUGAAGACACGGCCCGCGCCCUGUGGGUCCUCAGUGAGAGGCUGAUCCAAGAGCGACUCGGCAGCCAGUCGGGCUGAGCCGGGGAGCUGUGAGGAGGGGCGUGUGCUCUACCACUGCCAGCGUUGGCCCCCUUCCAAGUUCAUUAUCCAGGGGGUUUCCAUGUCCCUCCAACACAGACCCGCAAGAGUAAAGGAAACGAGAGCAGUCACAACAGAGAAAAAUGUUAAGUACCCAUGGGAAGCAGGGGAUUGAUUGCAGGGGUGAAGGGACAACUGUCACUUUUCCGGGGCUGGGUGAGGCCGAGGGCCCUCUGCUUUCUGGUGAUGGCCUGCUUGAAAGUGACAGCUUGCUUGGUCUGUGGGUCCCCUCUCUCCCUGUAGAAGCACAAGCAAUUCUCUCUCAACUGUUUAGAAUAGCCCCACGUCCCCUUGCCCUACCCAGCCGCUGCCACUGACCACUGUAGCCUGGGGCGGCCUUUAGGGAGGAAAGAACAGUGCUCCUCCGUCCUUGCAGCAUUGAUCCAGGAGAUAAUUGUUCCAUUCAUCCUGACCAAGGCUGAACUGUCUUGGCAAGUAUGGGGAGAGAAAUCCCUUGUCCCAGGCCCGCCGGUGUGACAUUCAGAGGUGGAGUGAAGUAGGCAGAGGGCUGGUCAGAAACUCCGUUGCCAAAGUUGUACCCAAAUUUCUUUUGAGAUUAAAACAAAUUCUUCAGAUCAUUCCCAAGAUACCUUUGACAGGCAGGAGAGGAAGCAUUCGUCCUUAAGAACACACAGGAUGUGGGGGGAGCGUGGAGAGAGUCGUUCCCUUUCUCCUGUGUCAGCCUUCUGCCAAUAUAUCCCUCUCAGCCUAUGCUUAAUAAAAAAAAAAACAUGCUUGAAGAUGCU